CUAAUCAGUGAUAUCAUAUCGGUUGGUGCUAUUAGGAACUAGAAAAUAAUGGCAGAGGAACCCACCAGUAAACAAUCGAGCCUCGAAAACAAACGAAAUAAAAACGUUCAAGCGGAUGAGCUACAAGCACUGUUGAAGGCCUGCAUCGACGUUGGAAUCGAAAAAGUACGGCGUGAAGGCGGCCGCACCGAUUAUCUUUUCUACGAUGUACAGCAGCGUAUGAUGCAGUACGGCGAUUUUCCCGAGCGUAAGUUGUAUAUGCUGCAGCACAAUUACCUCCGAAUAAGGCGAAAUUUUCUUAGUUGCAAACUCGAUCCAUACCCACCGGAAGCGAGGCUGCUGUGGGGAACAGCGCAACAUAAGGCAAAUGCUUCCGAUAACGAUGAUCGUUGGUCAACAUUGCUUCACCGUACCCUACAGCGCCAAGAGAGUUAUUCGUAUGUGUUAAAGGUGGAAUCAUGGGAGAUUAUCAGGCAGGCUUUGCAGAGGAAUUUGGAAAAUCUUUCAACGAACCAGCAAGAUAAUGCCUUCGAGCAGAUUCUGCUGGGGCUGAGAGAAAAGAAACUUUUUCUCAACCGGGAUGUGAUGCUACUGAAGCAAACUUACUUUAGAAUGCGGAAACAAUUUCUGAGUGGUAAAACUACUCACUUUCCACCGGAGGCCUCCCAACUAUGGCGCUCAGACGAGACGGAAACAGUACAUUUGGAGCCACCUGUAAGAAUUACACGGAAAAGAAGGUUAAAGAAACAACAGCUGGUUGAAGAAACGACAGCAGCAGAUACUAGUGAACGUUUGUGUCGAAUCUGCCAAGCCCAACUGCUCAAAGAAUGUAAAGAUCUGUUGCAGGAUACCUACUGCAGCCAGACUUAUGAAGAGAUUAUCCAGGAAACUGUCCAAGUGAUGAUCCUCUGCGAUGAACAAACGAGCAGUAAAAUUUGUUUACUCUGUUCUAAAUUCGUCGAGAAUUUAUUGCUCUUUGUUCAACAGUGUCGGCAGGCUUGCAGCAUUCCAGCUGCACCAAAAAUUGAUGAAAAGUACUUCUUCGAAGAGGACAGCUUCCUUGAUACCGACCGAACAGAUGCUGUUGCCGAGUACCUCAAUGAAGCAAUAGAGGAAAGACUAGAUGAGGAUGUCUUGGAGCUGCGAAGCCCGACUCUCGAAGUAGAAUUUUUGAAACCAAAACUGUAUCAAAACAAUACCCCUGAGAAAACGAUCACUGAUGAGCAAAAGUAUCGGGAGUUUGUCAAGAGCCGACCAACCAGAAACAAGCGCAAACAGUGUCACUUGUGCGGCAAAUCCGUAAUCGAUCUGGUUAGCCAUCUGACCAGCCACAGUGGUGUCGAAUUUCAGUGCCAGUUCUGCCCCCGAAAAUGCCCCAAUGAACGCCAGCUAACGGCGCACAUGAAUGUGCAUACGAAGAAGAACAAAUAUCCCUGCCGGAUUUGCGAUCGUGUUUUCUACGUAUGGACCUCUCGGAAGAACCACGAGUUCACUCACAAUGUAAAAUUCAGUUGCGAUAAAUGCGAUGCCGUUUACGCUUAUGCGGCCCAACUGCAAGUUCACAUUAAGCAGAAACACUUGGGUAUUCGACAUUUGGCAUGUUCGCAGUGCCCCUUCAGAACGUCAAAUAGGGCCCGCCUGCGGAACCAUGUUCGAAGUAUUCACACCAGUGAACGCCCGUAUCGGUGUACGUUUUGCGAAAGUACCUCGAACUGUUCUACCGGCUAUUAUAUCCACUUCCAGCGACACAAGAAGAGCGGUGAAGCAACGGAGUACUCGAUUCUUUGUGCCUACUGUGGGCUGCAGUUCAACAAGGAUGUCGCCCUCGAGAGGCACAUCUGCGAUGAACAUCCCGAAGUGGCUGUUGUAGUCUGAUUCUAAAUACAUGGCUUUUUGUUACACCAAAAAUUGUUUAAAAGAAGGGGGCACUGAAAUAGGAGAACAUGUAAAAAUUUCUUUAGGAUGGGCAUCACAUCCAAACGGAAUUGACUCUAUUGUAUAAAAAUGUAAAUUUAGGCCUUAAAGGAAAUUAUUGACAGUAUAGUUGGAAAAUUAACAUCCAGUAACGCAGACUGAGUUUGCCUUUCGAUACACCUGCCAGCCAGUUUUUUAAAUUAUAACAUAAAAUAUAAUAUAAAAUAAUUAAAUUAUGGUGAAAAAUCA